GCUAUAUGCCAAAAAGGGAAACGCAUAUAUCCAGAGAAGAAAAACUCGAAACCCUUGUCUUUUCAUGGAUUUCAAGUAUAUUAUUAAUAUGCAAUUAUUCGUAUAUUAAUAUAUGCCCCUAUGCGUAUUUUAUUUUUUAAUGCGAAAGGAAUGAUAUUCAGCUAAAUUUUCGGUGUGUCUAUUGCUUUUUUUUUCCCUUUCCUCGUUCAAAAAAAGUACUUGCAGAGUCACUCACUCUCAGUCUCAGCACAUGAAUUAAUUUGAAGCUUCCCUAGAAUUCUUUCACAUCAAUUAAUACGACACCGUCUCGGGUGAAGAAUCUCUCCUCUCUUGCCCUAAAGCGAGUUAGGGUUUAACACACAAAGCAUACCCUUUAGAUUUGUGUCUCUUAGCUCUGUUUUUGUCGGCUUGUGUAACCGAUCAACUCAAGCUAUUGGCUCCUCACCUCCUGAAAUUUGACUUCUCCAAUGGAUCUCAAAGUUUCUCUUAUAUGAAUUCUAUCUUCACCCUCACAAUAUCUUUAUAUAUAUGAGCCACAAGAACAAGAAGAGUCAGUAGAUGCGGCUGCCAUGGACGGUGGUUACGAUCAAUCCGGAGGAGCUUCUAGAUACUUUCACAACCUCUUCAGGCCUGAGCUUCAUCACCAGCUUCAACCUCAGCCUCAACUUCACCCUUUGCCUCAGCCUCAGCCUCAACCUCAGCCUCAGCAGCAGAAUUCAGAUGAUGAAUCUGACUCCAACAAGGAUCCGGGUUCCGACCCAGUUACCUCUGGUUCAACCGGGAAACGUCCACGUGGACGUCCUCCGGGAUCCAAGAACAAGCCGAAGCCACCGGUGAUAGUGACUAGAGAUAGCCCCAACGUGCUUAGAUCUCAUGUUCUUGAAGUCUCAUCUGGAGCCGACAUAGUCGAGAGCGUUACCACUUACGCUCGCAGGAGAGGAAGAGGAGUCUCCAUUCUCAGUGGUAACGGCACGGUGGCUAACGUCAGUCUCCGGCAGCCGGCAACGACAGCGGCUCAUGGGGCAAAUGGUGGAACCGGAGGUGUUGUGGCUCUACAUGGAAGGUUUGAGAUACUUUCCCUCACAGGUACGGUGUUGCCGCCCCCUGCGCCGCCAGGAUCCGGUGGUCUUUCUAUCUUUCUUUCCGGCGUUCAAGGUCAGGUGAUUGGAGGAAACGUGGUGGCUCCGCUUGUGGCUUCGGGUCCAGUGAUACUAAUGGCUGCAUCGUUCUCUAAUGCAACUUUCGAAAGGCUUCCCCUUGAAGAUGAAGGAGGAGAAGGUGGAGAGGGAGGAGAAGUUGGAGAGGGAGGAGGAGGAGAAGGUGGUCCACCGCCGGCCACGUCAUCAUCACCACCAUCUGGAGCCGGUCAAGGACAGUUAAGAGGUAACAUGAGUGGUUAUGAUCAGUUUGCCGGUGAUCCUCAUUUGCUUGGUUGGGGAGCCGCAGCCGCAGCCGCACCACCAAGACCAGCCUUUUAGAAUUGAAAAUUAUGUCCGUAACAUAGCUGUAACCAAAUUUCAUUUCUCAAAAUUAAAAGAAAAAAAAAAUCAUCUUCAUUGUUUGGGGAUCGUUUGGUUUUUAAUUUAGUUGAUCAUAUAUGAAUAUUUGAAUUCGUCUUGAGAUGAUAUACUUCUCCAUCUGCAUUUUCUCUUCUUUUUUAAUCACUAGGGUUUCGUGCUGUCCCUAUAUAUUAUUUGUUAUAUGCUUGAGUUCACAAUAAAAGUGCUAU